AUGGCGAUGCUGAAAAUUUUAGGGCGGCAGAUUCUCGAUAGUCGGGGUAAUCCCACCGUGGAGCCAACUUCUCAAAGCUCCUUCUACACAAACGCGAUACCUUUUACAAUUUUAUCAUAUCUAGGUUUGUUUCGUGCCUCAGUGCCAAGCGGCGCGUCGACUGGUCUGCACGAAGCCUGCGAGUUGCGUGACAACAAUCCGCAGGAGUUCAAUGGUCUCGGCGUGAAAAACGCGGUGCGCAAUAUUAACGAAAUCAUUGGACCGGCACUGCUGAAGAAGGACCUCCUCGUCACUCAACAGGCUGAAAUUGACAGCUUCAUGGUCAACGAACUCGAUGGCACUCCUAAUAAAAGUCGUUUAGGCGCCAACGCCAUUCUCGGUGUUUCAUUGGCUGUCCUCAAGGCCGGUGCUGCCGAACAGCGUAUUCCUCUCUACCGUCAUGUGGCUAACAUGGCUGGGGUGACAAGGGUGACCCUUCCUGUCCCCGCAUUUAAUGUAAUAAACGGUGGCAAGCACGCGGGCAACAAAUUACCCAUGCAGGAGUUCAUGAUCCUUCCAGUUGGCGCUAAGUCUUUCGGGGAGGCUUUGCGAAUGGGUGCAGAGACAUUCCACCACUUGAAAAAUAUAAUCCGUCGAAAAUACGGUAUUGAUGCUUGUAACGUGGGUGAUGAAGGUGGUUUCGCACCCAACGUUAGUGGAGCUCAUGAAGCCCUGGAUUUGCUCACCGAGGCCAUAGCUACAGCGAAUUAUUGUGGCAAAAUAGUCAUUGGAAUGGAUGUAGCGGCCUCGGAGCUCUUUGAGAAUGGGAAGUAUAAUUUGGGUUUCAAGGACGCCAAACGGGAUCCGGGAGAUAACAUCACUGCGGAGAGACUGAUGGCAUUGUAUAACGAACUUCUUGCCAAGUAUCCCAUUGUCAGCAUUGAAGAUCCCUUUGAUCAGGAUGAUUGGGAACCCUGGAUGAUUUUCACAAAGCAGUCGCGAAUUCAGAUCGUCGGCGACGAUCUUACGGUUACCAACGUGGAGCGGGUGCAGAAAGCCAUCGACAUGGGCGCAUGCAACUGCCUUCUGCUGAAGGUGAACCAAAUCGGCACCUUUACGGAAGCUCUGGCGGCCACGAAGCUGGCCCGAUCGAAGGGCUGGAAUGUCAUGGUUUCCCACCGCUCCGGUGAGACUGAGGACUCCACUAUUGCGGAUAUUGUCGUCGGUCUCAAUGUCGGACAGAUUAAAACUGGGGCUCCGUGUCGUUCCGAGCGCCUAGCCAAGUACAACCAGUUGCUGAGGAUAGAGCAAGAACUUGGCAACCACGCUGUGUAUGCUGGCGAAAGUUUUAAGCACAUCUUAAACCCUAUCAAGUGA